AAUUGACUGAAUCAGCUUCAUCGAUGGAUGAAUUUAUUGCCUCGACCAAAAACCCACUAUCGAAAUAUUUUCUUCAGCCAGAGGAAAGUCACCCGUACCUUUCUUCAGUAGCGCGAUUGGAUUUGGACUCCGUCAAAGGACAAUGGAUCGAUAAAGAGAUGCGAGCCAGAGAAAACUCUUUUACAGAAUAUAGCUUUAUGCAUGCGUUUGUAGGGACUUGGAACGUUAAUGGUCGAAAUGCCCCUGAAAAUGUUGAUGCGUGGCUAAAAGUAGAGGGUGAAAUCCAACCUGACAUUUAUGUCUUAUGUUUUCAGGAGUUAGAUUUGAGCGCGGAGGCGUAUAUUGUUCUGGAUGGAUCAAGAGAAGAAGAAUGGAUGCGCGCAAUCGCCAAUUCUCUUGGAAGUGGAUAUCAAAAGGUCGUGUCUAAGCAGCUCGUAGGGCUGUUGAUUAUCAUGUAUGCAGCAAAAGGACAUGCCAAAGAUAUCAGCGAAGUCACUGCUCACUCAGCGGGAGUUGGGAUCAUGGGAAUGCUUGGUAACAAAGGAGGCGUGUCGAUCCGCAUCCGAUACAAGGACUCUUACUUGUGCUUUAUUGGAUCGCAUCUUGCGCAUGACACCAGUCAAGUUGAACGGAGGAACCAGGACUAUCAAGAAAUCUGCCGUAGACUUGCAUUUCCUUCCAUUAGUCCCUAUGAUAUUACCAAAAGCCCUGCUGCAAAUGCUGCUAUCGGAGCUGGAAACAAGAUGGUAUCCAUUUUUGAAUGCGACCAUACAAUUUGGGCAGGAGAUCUAAAUUAUCGUAUUGCGCUCCCUGAAGAUCGAGUAAAACACCAUCUAAAGACAAAUGAUUACGCUAUUCUUCUCAAGCACGAUCAGCUUCUCACGCAGCGGACGCUUCUGAAAGCAUUUUCAGAAUUUGAAGAGUAUCCAAUUAACUUUCAGCCCACGUACAAAUACGAUAUCGGAACCAACGUAUGGGACUCGAGCGAGAAGCGUCGGGUGCCGUCGUACACGGAUCGCAUCUUGUGGAGAUGCAGAGAUACUGCAAAGGACAAUGUCGAGGUUUCUUUCUAUAAGUCGCACAUGGAGUUGACACUUAGCGAUCACAAGCCUGUCAGUGCAUUUUUUAAGCUCAAGAUCAAAACAUUGCUGCAUGAUAAGCAAGCUGAGGUGCAUCAGUCAAUCGUCAGAGAGCUAGACAAGUAUGAAAACGAGUGUAUGCCUGAUGCUACCAUUUCAUCGUCCAACGUGGUCUUCGAGGAGGUUAGAUAUCUCGAGCCUAAAAAAUCUGUUAUCACCAUCAAGAACACUGGGCAGUUCCCAGCACAGUAUCGGUUUAAACCUAAACUGCAAGAUGAGCGCUUUUGUAAGCCAUGGAUCUGGCCUAACCCGCCUAUUGCGAUGAUCAUGCCUGGUGAAAGUACCAAGAUUCACAUAACGGUGAUGGUGGAUAACGAGUCUGCUCCCAUGCUCAAUACAGGUAGAGAGAGGCUGGAGGAUAUUCUUAUCUUGCAUUUGGAGCAUGGAAAGGAUUGUUUCAUCACAGUUUCUGGAACUUAUGUGCGGACAUGCUUCGGAAACUCAUUGGAGUGGCUGUCACGAUUGGACCGGCCUAUCAGAUUAUGGAAUCCAGAAGAAAAUGAGGACAAUGAUGACGACGAAACCUCUAUGCUCUCUGACCCAUAUAGCGUUAUUGGGGCAAAGUCCUCGAUAGGUAGUAUAAAGGACACUGCUGUCAACUCUGGCCCGCGCGAUCCUGCCAAUAAGGAUGCUAUGAGACAAAUCAAGAGUUCAAAGUCUUUGGAUUCUCUCUCUGGGAUUGAUCCAUUAGACCGCAAGAGUAAUAUCGCAGGUAUAUCUAGCGCACAGUUGGAUGAGAAAUUUACGCCUCCACUAGUGAAGAAGCAAAAGCCUGCUCGGCAACUGAGCCUGCCAAAGGACUUGUGGCGGAUUGUAGACUUCAUUUACAAGUAUGGCUUCUCGGUGGAUAAUUUGUUUUUGCUGUCUGGAGAUCAAUCCACCAUGUCUUAUAUUCGUGAAUGCCUCGAUACUGGUGAAGAGUUCUGCUUAAGACGACUCUUAGAUAAAACGACCCAGCUAGAUGAUUACAAUAUGACUUCGCAGAAUUCUAGCUCAGCUAGCACAUACAAGCAGCAAAGGAGACCAAACAAGAAUGAAGAAACAUUCAAAAAUGAACAAGGAAGUGACGAUAAAUCAGAAAAUAGGAUUGAUCAAACGCUAGCCUCCCAAUCAUCACCACCAACUUUAUUAGCCCGCGGGGCAGGAUCAACUCCUGAUCUUAAGCCUCAGAUCGCACGUCCGGUUUCGAUUUUGAAUGGUAUCCCACCCAAAGCAGCGACGUUCGGCCUGGGUGAAAAUCGUGGGAUUCAUUCGAUGGCAGAGGUUUUGUUGCGAUUCCUGGAAUCACUGCGUGAGCCUGUGGUCCCAACGAGGAUGUAUUAUCAGGCCCUCGAGGUUGCCGGCCAUCAGCAGGCGGCUUACGGACUACUUGAUCUGAUGCCUCCAGUACAUGUGAACGUGUUUGUAUAUAUCACAAGCUUUCUACGUGAAUUGAUCCUUGUCGGUGGAAGUCAUUCAACAGGAUCAGGAGUCACGGGUCAUGGUGGAAAGGAUGGGCAUGGCGCUACUGGCACUACUCCGACUGUCACGACUGGGAACAACCCGAGUAAUACAAAUAAUCGUAUACUGCAGAGUGGCUCUAGCGCAUCUACCCAUCACGGGGUUGAUUCUACAAGUACUAGUGGUGGCAGUCGCAUUAGACGGGAAGAUGAGGACUAUCGUGCUUCCAAGCUUGCUGGAGUAUUCUCUUCUGUGAUGCUUCGCCCUCCACCUGGAGCAGAACGCCUCUCCGAAGUGGAGGCCCUCAAGCGAAAAUCGUUCCUAAUGCAAUUCUUGCAGGAACCAGCAGAAGAGGAAGGGUUUGGAUUAGGAACAUCGUUCGGAGGCCCUCUUCUAACAAGCUCCUCAGCGACAACAGGCGUCGUACCAUCGUCAGCCUCCUCUAUAGCUACCUUAACCAGGGGAACGACGACAGCAUCCGUGAAUGAAGGGAAUACGAUAGAAAAAUCAAGUAUUGAGCAAUAGAUAGAAAGACAGAAAGUUAAAAAGCCUUUAACAUUGACAUGACCUACAUUAUUUGUAAAGCAUGUUAACUUGAGUUUACAUAUUUUAACUUUGUUUCGUAUAUCAUGACAUCGGCAUUAGGAUCAUGAAUCAACCAUUAAUUUUAGCGAGAAUCCUAUACGUUUCCCUUCAAAAUAUCUCUCUUCAUUUUAUUAAGUAACACUUGAAGUAUUAGACCAUAGACGGU